AUGGCCAAUAAUGAAGUUGUAUCAUUUUGUGAUAUAUGCCAAAGCAGGGACAUAAAUAAAUUAGCGGAGGAAUACUGUCCUCAGUGUGAAGAGGCUCUGUGUGAAGACUGUUUACAUCAUCAUAAGAUAUCGAAAUUGUUAAAAUCACAUCAGACAAUCUCUUUCGAAAAAUAUAACAGAUUACCAUAUUUCAUCAAGAAAAUAAAGCUUAACUGUGAGGAGCAUGACUGCUUUUUUGAAUUUUAUUGCAAAUCUCAUGACUCUCUUUGUUGCAAACUUUGCUUGAUAUCAGGUCAUAAGGAAUGCAAGGAAACUAUUUUCUUUGAGGAUUUUCUAACACCUUCUACAGGAUAUCACCCCGUAUCUUUACAUAACAUUGAAAAAGCCCUCAAAGAUCUAGAAACUAAUAUUUGUUCCGCUUUAAAGGACAGAUAUCGAAAUUUAACCGAGUUACGUGAACAGAAGCAGAAGAUUUCAGAGCAAAUUAAGGAAAAACGUCAAGAAAUCAAUACACGCUUAGACAAUUUAGAAGAUGCAUUACUAGAAAAGACAUCUGCAAUGGAAACUGAGUACUGUCUGCAAAUAAAUAAAGUGAUUGCAAAAUUAGAGAAUGAAAAAAAUAAAGUAGACGACAUUAAAGAAGAUGUUGAUUCUGUCAAACUGUUUGCAUCCAAUUUACAAAUCUUCAUGGGAACAAAGACAUUCCAGGAAAAUGUUUCAACCAAUGAAAUUUACGUCCAAGAAUUAUAUGAUGAUGGUAAACUCAACAACUUCACAAUGGACUGUACGUUCAAUGAUAAACUGGAAGAGUUAAGAAACGAAAUAAAGUCAUUUGGUGAUAUAAAGGUAGAAAAUUCUAAAAAACAUACUUCUUUUUCCUGGAAAGGUGAUAAAUCAGCACAGCUUUCUCAAUCAAUAUCAGGAGUAAAAACAAUUGAAAACAUUAAUGCCAGACUGGUACGUAAGAUUAACAUAGAUGCCAAUUGUCUAACUGGAUGCGCAAUUUUAGAAGAUGGAAACAUGUUAUUUAUAGAAGCGUACAAAAAUAAUCUGUUGAAAUAUGCGUCUAAUGGUGAAAUCCGGUCCAAAUCUACAAUCAACCCUCAGUCACAUUCUAUUGGAUAUGAUCUUGCAGUUAUCGAUUCAAAUACAGUAGCUGUAUCAGGAGGGGGAAAUCCUCCAUAUCGGAUUAACGUGAUUGAUAUUUCAUGA